GAGAAAACGGGAAUUUGCAAAAGCCCCCUUUUGACUGGGAUCUCUGGGAAACGUAAGCAAGUGACGAUGAUGGAGGAAGGCAUCUUGCUGUGCUUCCCGUCAUGCACUAGGAAUAGGGAGUGGGGACAGUGGGAAGGUGUUCCUUCGCUUGUUUGAAGCCCCUCAUAAAGGAGGGGCUCCGCUGCGGUCAAGUUUCUGUGAGGGACGGGAAAGGCGGUCACGGAUUUGGCAGAGGCCCUUCUCCGGGAAUCCUCCAUGAAGGAUAUUAGGAGGGGCUAAUCUCUGAACUUUCAGAAAGGAGUAUGAAUGUUUCUGAGACCUGGCUUUUCAGUGGUUCUCCACUAGCAUCUCAGGUUCAUGCUUUUGCUGUUAAUGGACACAAGAGUGCUCUUCUGAAGCAAAUAGCAGGUAAUCCUGAUCUGAAAGACAAAGAGGACCAGUUUGGGAGAACUCCACUCAUGUACUGUGUGCUGGCUGAUAGGCUAGACUGUGCUGAGGCUUUAUUGAAGACAGGAACAGAUGUUAAUAAAGCUGAUAACAGCCAGAGGACAGCUCUCCAUCUUGCUGCACAAAAGGGAAACUAUCGCUUUAUGAAGCUUCUCCUUGCUCGUAGAGCAAACUGGAUGAAGAAAGAUUUGGAAGAAAUUACUCCUUUACACUUAACUACCCGGCACAAGAGUCCAAAGUGCUUAGCUUUGUUACUAAAAUACAUGGCACCAGGAGAAGUGGACACACAGGACAAGAACAAGCAAACUGCUCUUCACUGGAGUGCUUAUUACAACAACCCAGAACACGUGAAACUUCUAAUUAAACAUGACUCUAAUAUUGGAAUCCCAGAUAUUGAAGGCAAAAUUCCACUACAUUGGGCAGCUAACCACAAAGAUCCCAGUGCAGUACAUACUGUCAAAUGCAUUUUGGAUGCUGCUCCAACUGAAUCGCUGCUGAACUGGCAAGAUUAUGAAGGACGAACUCCCCUCCACUUUGCAGUUGCAGAUGGGAAUGUGGCUGUGGUUGAUCUGUUGACCUCCUAUGAGGGUUGCAAUGUUACCUCUUAUGAUAAUUUAUUUCGAACUCCCCUUCACUGGGCAGCUUUACUGGGUCAUGCACAGAUUGUCCAUCUUCUUUUAGAAAGAAACAAAGUUAGGACCAUCCCAUCUGACAGCCAAGGGGCAACACCUUUACAUUAUGCAGCACAGAGCAACUUUGCUGAAACAGUGGAAGCAUUUUUGAAACACCCUUCUGUGAAAGAUGAUUCAGACCUUGAGGGAAGAACAUCUUUUAUGUGGGCUGCUGGGAAGGGCAGUGAUGAUGUCAUCCAGACAAUGCUGAAUUUGAAAUUGGACAUUGAUAUCAACAUGGCAGACAAAUAUGGUGGCACAGCAUUACAUGCUGCUGCCCUUUCUGGCCAUGUCAGCACCGUGCAAUUGCUGCUAAAACAUGAGGCCCAGGUAGAUGCGACUGACGUAAUGAAACACACUCCCCUUUUCCGUGCCUGUGAGAUGGGACAUAAAGAAGUGAUACAGACUCUCAUUAAAGGAGGAGCAAGAGUUGAUUUGGUGGACCAAGAUGGUCACUCUCCCUUACACUGGGCAGCUUUGGGAGGAAACACAGAUGUUUGCCAAAUACUGAUAGAAAAUAAAAUCAACCCCAAUGUGCAGGAUUAUGCAGGCAGAACUCCACUACAAUGUGCUGCUUAUGGGGGCUACAUUAAUUGUAUGGUGGUGCUUUUGGAGAAUAAUGCAGAUCCAAAUAUUCAAGAUAAAGAGGGAAGGACAGCAUUACACUGGUUAUGUAACAAUGGCUACCUUGAUGCUAUAAAGUUGUUGCUGGGAUUUGGUGCCUUUCCCAAUCAUAUGGAGAACCACGAAGAAAGGGAAAAAGGAGAAAUGACCACAGGAACUUAUGAGUAUUCCUUGGCUCUGGCUCUCAUUCUAUCUGCCUGCUUUCUCCUACUCUUCAUCUUGUACACUCCACUUGAUUAUGCCUUGCUUGGAGCUCACCAUGAAGUAAUUCAGUUCAUGCUGGAGCACAGUGCGUUGUCCAUAGCUGCCAUUCAGGACAUUGCAGCCAUUAAAAUACAGGCAGUCUAUAAAGGAUAUAAAGUUAGAAAAACUUUUCAAGAUAGGAAAAAUCUUCUAAUGAAGCAUGAACAGCUGAGAAAAGAUGCUGCUGCCAAGAAACGUGAGGAAGAAAAUAGAAGAAAAGCCACAGAGCUGCAGAAGGAGCAGCAAAACUGCAAGACUGACAGGGCCCAAGCCCAGCAUCAGGAACUUUCAGAGGCAGAGAGGAGUCACACAAGGCUUCAUACUCCACAGUGCCCUGUUCGGCAUGGUGGAAAGACUCCUUCUGGCAGCAGGUCUCAAAGUCAGAGAGACAAAAGCAAGAACAAUGCAGCCACUGUCUUACCAAACAAAGUUACUCCCAACAACCAGUGCCAUUCCACAGAGUUACUUGAAGAUCAUAAACAAAAAUCAGAGGUAUCCAGGGCAAAGAGCAAAAGGAAGUCUGCUGGUAUCCCUUCCCACUCUAGGAAGAGCAAUGAUGGGCCUCAGCAUCAGGUUGAAGUAAAACAUCAAGUUUUAUCUGCUACCUCAGGCAGGGAUGAUAAAAAACACGAGGAACCUAUUGCAAGAACAAAUGGCACCUUUAGGCCUGCCAGGAAAAGGCAUGAUUCCAACAGUAAAGCUGCCAGCUCUGUUGAGAAAUCUGAAAAUCUAAGCCAGCCAAUGAACAAUGAUAUGAACCAUUUUGAAGAAACACCAGCUUGCAUUCAGAAAAGUAACUGCACUAAUAGAAGCACAAGGAAUUCAAGACAGUAUGAACUGGCCCUGAGAAGCAACCCACAGCAGCCAAAAGCAAGAAGCAAAGAGAUGAAUGAUGAGAGAUGGUCCUCAGCUGGUUCCAGCAGGCCUGGCAGUGCCCAGGUGGCACGUAUGAGUACUGCUGCUGCUACACAAAUCAACAAGGUGGCAGCUAGCAAGGCCUGUCCUUUGCUGGCUAACAAUGCGAGGACUAUGAGGCUUAUGUUCUACAGAAUGGAAGUCGACAGUGGUCAUGGACGCAAUGCAAAACCGGAUAGGCAAGUUCUCAUGUCAUCCAGGGAUCUGGAGGAUCGAUUGGACCUUGAUCAGUGCAGAGGUAUUGAGCCUAUCCCAUUAGAAAUCCGGAUGCAGAUAAUAGAGAAGGAAAGGGCAAGAAAAGAACUCUUCCAUAAGAAGAAUUGUGCUGCAUACAUUAUUCAGAGAGCUUGGAGAAGCUACCAAUUAAAGAAGCAGUUCCUUAAGCUUUUUAGUGUUAAGCAACUGUGCAAGAAAGAUGAAGAAAAAUGGCGGCAAAAAGUGGCUGCCUUUUGCAUUGAGGUCACCUGGAACAAGCGGCUGAACCAAACUCCUUUGAAAACAGUUAUCUCCAGCAAAAAUGCAAAGUCCAUGAACAAAAGCAACUCAGGUGUGACCUCCACUCCAAAGCCGUCCACCCUGAAACAGAUAUAUGGACGCUCUCAAGAGGGAAGAGUGUAUCAUCCAGUGAGACCUCCUUCUUCAAAUUACAAAGUCUGUGAAUUGCAGACGCUAGCAGGGGAAGCUGCUCAUCAUGGUCUUUGGGGUUUGAGUGCUGCUGUUCUUGGUUCUCCUCAAGAACAAGUGUGAGGCCUUGACCCAAACCGCUUGUUCUUUUUCUGCAACUUUGCAGAAAACAGGACAAAAGUACAAAAGCCCAAGAGAUGCUACUUUCAUAAAAUGCUCUAAGCCUGCACCUUGAAGAUGUUAGUUAGGUGAUCUCAAGUCAUGGUACCAGAAUAUAGGUCUGGUUCCUUCUUCUCAGUCUUCAUAUAGGACUUAAGAUUGUAUUAGGUUAUUUGAUCAUUUCAGGAACAGUUUAGCAAGUUUGCAGCCCUUUCAGACUCAAAUCAACAAUAUUAUUCUUUCAGUGCCCAAUUGAUAAUCACCUCCCUUAUAUUUUUAACAUGUUCUUAAAAUAUAUUCUGCCUUAUACUUGAAAAAUUGAAAGGUUUACAGAAAGUUAAUUAAAAUGACAUUUAAACAUGAUCUUGAAUAAUAUAAAAACAAACUUAAGAAAAAAUUAGAAAGCAUUACAUUGAAAAGGAAUAACUUUAAAAACAUUAACAAGAGUUGAUUGUGGCUAUCAAGGACAGGACACUUGGAAGGGCAUUCAUUCAUGGGGUCACCAUAAAUCAAAGACAUCUUUACUGUACUUAAUCUAGCACUUUAAACACCUGAAUAGAUUUUUAACUAGGCACCUAAAACUCAUUUAACUGUGUGGCAUUCCCAGGAGAAGCAUACUGAAGACCCAUUUGUUCAACAGUGUGUGUGGGAGCAGAACAAUAGUACCAAAUACUGUCCUUUAUUUUACACAUGCAUUUUUUUUUUUUUUUUGGAAAACUGCAUGCAUCUAUAAAUCAGGGUGUGAGAAUGACCACUGUAGUGUCGUGGUUAGAAUGAUGGAAAUCUGGGUUCUAGUCCAUACUCAGCCACAAAGCUCACUGAGUGACUCUAUGCCAGUCACUCCCACCCAGCCUAACCUACCUCACAGGGGUGUUGUGGGGAUAAGAUUGGGAAGAAGAAGGGAAUUAUGUCAGUCUCCUUGAGUUCCUGGAAGGUAAAAGGUAAGAUAAAAAUAUAAUAAAUAAUUCCAAGGGGGCUGGAUUAAAAUUUAGUCAUAAGUAAGUAGAGUAGAUGCAUUCAAAUAAAUUGGAUUUAAUUAAAUCCUAAUUUAACAUCCAUUGGUUUCACUGGUUCCUCUCUGACAAAAUCUGAUUUCAACCCAGGUUAUAUAUAUUGUAGGCAGCAGUCCUAUACACUUGUGUGGCAGUAAGUAGCAUUAAUUUCAAUAAAGCUUACUUCUGAGUAGAUGUCUAUAAGUAUUGUAAAGGAAUGUAUAGUGAUGGAUCAUCUGACAAUAUUAUUUAUUAAUCUUCUAAGAUGUUAUCAGAAGAUAUGGCAAGCAAUGUAAAUAGUAGAAAAAUUGAAAGAUUGGUUUAUCACUUCUUGGCAUUAUGUAAGAGUACUGUGCAUGGAAGAAUAAGUUAAUACUGUAGACAGGACUGCAUGUUAUGUGUUUUUUCAUGGUGUCAACAAAUGGCAGCGGCCAGAACACCGUGUGUCAUGGAACAAGCUGGAUGAAUAAAUCAGUCAUUUAGCUGGCCACUGUUGGAAACAAGCAGGACAUAAAGGCAAGAACCCUUCAAUUUUGUCUAGUACCUAGAAUGCAAGCAGUCCAUUUUUCUGCACAAUGAAAGUCUGCAAAACACAUGCUGUACCUGGUGUGCAUUUAUAUCCUGCUUUGGUCCUCUUGUGAGAAACCCAAAGUAGCAAACAUGGAUCCAUUUUUAUCCUCUAAUAAUAACCCUAUGAGGUAGGUUAGGCUGCCCCAAAAUCACCCAACUUUUCCAGAUCCCCAGCCCAACACACUAGCCAUGAGACUUAAUGGUCAUACAGCCCUCUCCUUAGGCAGCCAUGCAUUUUUCUUCAGUUCUGAAGAAUACAACUAGCAUUUUUUAUCCUCACCUCAUAUUCAAUCCUCCAUGCUUUUCCUGAGAUGUUUACAGGAACAAAACUGUUUACCAACCCUGAUAAAACUAUUAACAGGUGCAGAUUUACAUUUACCAUGUUUGCCCAAAAAUAAGACCAGGUCUUAUAUUAAUUUUUGCUCCAAAAGAUGCAUUAGGGAUUAUUUUCAGGUGAUGUCUUUUUUCCUGU